GGAGUGGGGCGGGCUGGAAGCCCAGGUUCUCUCCCAGUUUGUGGGGGUGUGGUUGCUGAGAGUCUGCACACAACGGUGCUCUCCUAGUUUGGGGGGGAAGGCAGGGUUCGCUGGUAGCCCUGAUGCCUGGGUUCCCUUUCUGUUUGAAGAGAGAAGAGGAGGGGGCUGCUGGGAGCCCGGAUGCCUGGGUUCUCUCCCUGUUUUGGCAGGGGGUGGGGGGUGUUGCUGGGAGCCCAGAUGCCUGGGUUUCCUCCCUGCUGCGGGGUUGACAGUGGGAUGUUGGGGACCCAAUGGGCUAGACCAACCCAGGUCACCUGCAACUCUGGGCCCUUGGGGGUGGCAGCAGGGCAGGCAGCUUCCCCACAGGAGGGGCAGUGCCCACAUCCAGCAUCUGGUUCCCCAUGGCUCCCUUGGGUGGGUCUGGCACCAAGAGGAGCCACCACCGGGUUCGCUGGCAAGACAGAGAAUUGGCCUAGAGCAGAAUCGAAUCCCAUGGCUCUGUUUGCUUAGAAGGGAUCCUCCAGAUCCUUGGCCCUCAUGGUGGCGGAGCUAAGCCAUCCAGCUCUUUGGGUUGGCACCCUUCAACCCUUGAAUGCUCCUGCCACUGACCAAUCUGGAGCGUGGCACAGCCUAGUUCCCCAUCACAAUUGGUCUUGGGGUCAGUUCUUGGAGGCCAGAUUCCUCUAUGUCUUCUCCUCAUGAAGGCCUCUGUGUUUGAGCGGCUUCUCAGUGUUCCCAGUUAAGCUAAUGAGCAUUGGGGACAGGAAGAAGACGGGAACAUGGUUCUUCCGUGUAUUGUAGGCCUCCCACUCCUUCUUUCUAGGAGAGCUAGAGGACUUGUAUCAGCCUAGAGCAGGGGGUCAAACUCAUUGGGGCCAGCUGACCUGUCUGCACGGACAGUUGGGGUGGCCAGGCCUUCUGAAGGCCGUGUCCCAUUACUGCAUGCCCAUUAUUUCCUGUCCCAUUCCUUGCUCAAGAGAGAGCCAUCUUCGCAGGAAUCAUUCCCAAGAUGGUGGCCGGCUCCCAAGAUGGCCUCUUGAGUGCUGGGAGCAGCCACAAGAUGGCAACUGAGCAGUGACGGAGAGCGUCGCGGGACAGAGGCAUCACCGAACCCAACCAUGGGGGUAGACAGAGGGGUUGGAUGGUGGUGAUGGACCAGCUUCGCUUGCCUGGUGAGCACGAGGAUACCUGUAUCGAUGCCCAUAGGAUGCUGCCAAUGUGGGAGCCAUCUUAAUGGGGAUUGCUGCCAAGAUAGGAGUUGGAUCCCAAUGUGGCUUCUUGAGUGCCAGAGGCAGCCACAAGAUGGCAGUGGUGACAGCAGCAACAUUCAUCAGAUGGAAGCUGUGCUAUAGGGAACAAGCAGUGAGGAGAGAUGUUGCCCAACGGUCUUGGUGUCCCCAGGAAGACGUGGGGCUAAAACGCUUGAGCUUAGAACCCCAAUACUGCAGUGACUUCCUGGCACCAGAGGACCCCAGCCUGCCCCCCCACUGGUGGGCCCAGCCAUGCCACCCAACAAGGCCUCCCCAGGCCAUGCAGGGACGCCAAGCGCCCUCAUCUGCCUGCCACCUGUCUCUGAGGACCUGCUAGUGGUGUGGACGGAGGCUUCACAGACCAGCGACCUGGACGCCCACCAACCACUGCUGCAGGCCUUCAGCCGCUUCCCCUACCCCAGCCUGGCUGACAUGGCACUGCUGUGUCUCCGGCACAGCCUCAAGAUGGAGAAAGUGAAGGCCUGGUUCAUGGCCCAGCGUCUGCGCUGCGGCAUCAGCUGGAGCCCUGAGGAGAUAGAGGCCACCCGAGUCCGCCUGGCUGUCCACUGGGACCAGAUGCCCUUCAGGGCGCUACUCGCCAGCCGGGACCCCCUGGCACAGGCUGGCAAGAGCCAAGGGGCUUCUGUGCCUGCCCCCAGCAAAGCCCAGGAGAGCUGGGUGACCUCAGUGGUCCAGACCCCAGGGGCAGCUUCCAUGGUCUCCCCCUACCAAGCCCAUGAGAUCCAGGUGACCUCUCCUGUCCAGGCCCCGGGGGCAGCCUCCAUCAUCUCACCUUAUCAAGCCCAGGAGAUCCAGGUGGUAUCUUCUGUCCCAACCCCCACUGGGUCCCGGCAUAGAGCCCCCGAGAGCAAGCCACCAACGGGGCCUUCCCUCCAGCCCAGGGUGGAAGCACCGGCUGUGCCACCACCCAGCCUAUAUCCCACGCCGCCACCCGCCUACCGCGCCUGGAUGGAUUUCCCUGCUGCCUCCAGCCUCGAUCUCCCUCCACAGGGUGUGGGCACAGCCCCCUGGGACCUCAGCAAGCCCUCCCGGCUCGGGGCCCCUGAUGGUGGGGGACAGUCGGAAGCGGUGCCAACAUCCUCCUCCCUGGCUUCCUCGCGAGGCCCAGCUGUGCCACCAGCCAAUGGGGCCAAGUUAUGGGGUCAGCACCCAAGCCCAGAAGCCCAACAGCAGCCCCGGAAGAUCAAGCGGAAGACAAAGGAGCAGCUGGCCAUGCUCAAGUCCUUCUUCCUGCGAUGCCAGUGGGCGCAGCGAGAGGAUUACUUGUGGCUGGAGCAGGUCACAGGGCUGCCGCGAACUGAGAUCAUCCAGUGGUUUGGGGACACCCGCUAUGCCCUCAAGCAUGGGCAGCUGAAGUGGUUCUGGGACAACACAAUGCCUGGCUCCGGGCCCCCGGCCCAAGGCUCCGGGCCCACAGCCCAAGGUGCCGAGCCCCCGGCCCAGGCCACCAGGCCCCUGUCCCAGAGCCCCAAGCUGCAGCCAGACACAGCCCCACUGGAGAGCUACUGGGCUGCCCACUGGCAGCUGCGGGAGGUGGACGUGCCAGCACUGUGCCAGCAGUCGGGGAUGGGGAGAGAGGAGGUGCUGAACUGGUUCUACUCGCGCUCCCCUGAACCAGCGGAGGUGGAGGUGUGCUUGGGUGAGGAGGAUGGCGGCGAGGAGGAGGAGGAGGUGAUGGCACCCGACGAAGAGGAAGAGGAGGAGGAGGAGGAGGAGGAGGAUGAGGAGGACGACGACGACGAUGAAGAUGACCUGGUCCUCCAGGAGUGAGGGGCGUUGGUUCCAGAGACCAUUGCUGUGGGG